GAGUGAUGAGCCUUCUGGGCUACAGUGGUUUUCAGACCGUUUGGGAGCUGUCAAAUCGGGGCCACUGGCCACGCUAUGCGAUGGUUUUUUGGCGACUGCCACAUAUACUCAGCGCACUUUCCGACUUUUGCGGGCAUGGCCAUGUUCUGCAGCGGAUUGCUCCCUUUACAUCUCAAAAAGGAAGAAUCGUCCUGCGCCCGGAGAUGGAUCUUUGAUGGCCUUCUACCGGGAAAGAUAUGGCUUGGAAGUGACUGACCCGAACCAGUGUGUGUUAGAGGCUGGUGACGGCAUUGUGCUGCGCCCUGCAGUGGCAGCAGUGCGGGCACCACUGGCUCCAGAGCUGGGAGGUGCCAGUGCCAGGGCAACCAGGGCGAUCAGGUAUGCUACUGGAGAAUGCGAAAAGACUUGCUAG